AUGUCCCAACCACAGGAGUUGAUUCUCUCAGCUUGUGCAGAGGCAUCAUCAUCGUCUUCCAGGCCUGGAACCACCGGUCAGCCCUCGAUAUACCUGCACGACUUAUCGACUUGUACACAGGCGGCUUCGUUGAAACCGUCUUCAAAGAACGGAAUUGGUGGUGGAGUCCUGGCUCUACAGGAAGGUAAAGCCAUCGUGAACGUAUGGACCUGGCAAAAGGAUCAACUGCAACUCAAACUGCACAUGCCUGAAAAAUUGAGCUGCUUUACCGUGUCUCCAAACGGUUGCUGGGCCGCUGGAGGGUCCUCCUCUGGUCACAUGUAUCUUUGGGAGAUCUCCUCUGGUUCACUGCAUUCCUCCUUCACAGUUCAUUACCGACAAAUCACCUCAUUGACAUUUACGCCUGAUUCUCGUCUCCUCCUGAGCUCUUCUCUCGACGCAUCGUCCCAUGUCUUCCUCGUUUCGCAACUUGUCGAUCCAUCUCUCCCUCUGCCGAAACCGUACGGCUCCUUUUCCGACCAUACUCUUCCUGUCCUCUCCGUAUGUGUUUCGCGAUCCAGCUCAGUAGCCGGCGGACGAGCUUUUACAUGCUCGGAGGACGGCACAGUCAAGCUCUGGGACUUGUAUCCUCCUUUCACCCUCUUGUCGACAUUCGCCUUGCCAGCUGGCUCUACACCCGUCCAAGUGGUGGUCGACCCCAUGGAGAGAUUUUUUUACGUUGCGGCAAAUAUCGAGAGUAGAGGACAAGCCUGGCACGUCCCAUUAUACAAGCACAAGGAGGAUGCUAGGUCUGAUAACAAUGUUGAGGCUGUUGGCGGAGGCGGAUUCGGAGAGCCACCUGUCAAGCUCGGGCCCUUAAUAUUCGAGAGCAAAUCAGCGUUCACUUCGAUGACCCUUUCCAUCUCUGCAAGCCAUCUUCUGGUCGGUACAGACUCAGGCGAAGUAUCCAUCCUCAGUAUUCCCUCUCAUCAACUCGUCCGAACACUCAACCUCUCGGGACCCGUCACUCACCUCUCGACCAUGCUCAGACCGCCCGAUCUUGGCGUUUCGAAUCCUGACAGGUGGACUCCUCUCGAAGUGAAGGCGUUUGAAAGACUUCGAGUGGGCAAGUCGAAUCGGGAAGCGCAAGACGUCGUCAUGGCCCUGGGACCCAGUACGAAGCACGAACUCCUGACUUCGCUGCGACCUCCUCGCGCUCGAGGAUCAAUGGCAAGGGGGUCCGGUGAUGUCCAUAUUCAGAAGACGAAUGAGCAUCUCGCCGAGAUUCUCGACGAGAAUAAACGGUUGAGAGCUUCAUUGGAUAAGGCGGUCAAGAUCAAUGACAAGAUGUGGAAGGGAGUUGUGGAUCUUCACUUGAUGAAUGAAUAG